UGUGCACCACCAGAGGUAUGAGGCGAGGGAUCAUGUACCAACAAGAUCUGGACUUUUUACCGGAAUAUUCACCACCUCACCCCAUUCGUGCUCUUCCUUGAAAAACGUUUCGCAACAUUUCUUCUGUCGUUAUCUUUCUGUGUUUCGUGCUGUCUUUGGUCCUUGAGCUGCAAAUCUGCUUUAAUUUCUGAGAAGCUUAAUGUUCACUGUUUGUUUUCCAGACGACUGCCGAGCACACGACGCUCCACAAACAGGAGCAGAUGCCGUGUGGACUCUUUCCAUAAAGGCGUCGUGCAUACCAAUAUCACCAGUAGUAUUAAGGCACUGUAGAAUGAAAUGUGUGGGAUGAACAGCUGUAAACUGCUUUCUUGUGGUCACCGGGUUUCCCCCUCACAUGACCUUUCUUAGUCAACAUAUAAAAUUCUGUGUUUUUCUCUGGCACACUCUUCACAUGUAAGAGGACGCCCGGCCAACAGACACGGUGUGAACCAGUCGGUGAACUGGAUUCAACAGAUCUGCAGCUGAAGUAAGGUUGGGUCGCUUUCAGAAGUCGAACACAAACUCACAGACAUUUCUGAUGGCGUCUAAUAUCACCUCCGCCGUGGUCACCUCCCAGCCGUCCUCCUCCCUGCCCAUCAGCGUCUCAGCCCAGGUCGGCAUCGCCAUCCUGACUCUGGCCUUUGUGCUGGGCUUCCCCGGGAACCUGUUUGUGGUCUGGUCCGUGGUCUGCCAGGUGAAGAAGCGCUCAGUGACCUGCUUGUUGGUGCUGAACCUGGCUCUGGCGGACGCGUCCGUGCUGCUCAGCGCGCCUCUUUUCCUGCGGUACCUGGCUGGAGGCCGGGGCUGGGAGUUUGGCUCAGCGGCAUGUAAGCUGGUGCACUACGUGUCGAGUGUCAACAUGUACGUGUCCAUUUACCUGAUCUGCCUGAUGAGCGUGGACCGCUGGCUGGCUGUCACCAAGCCUUUUCUGUCCCAGAGAAUGAGAACCAAGCGCUCCCUGCUGGUUCUCCUGUUGGGGGUCUGGGUGAUUGCGUUCGUCCUGUCCCUGCCGAUGCCUUUCUAUCGCAGUAAUCUGAAUUUCCCACUACAAAACAACAAAACUAUCAACCUUUGUAGACCGUACCACUGGAAAAGUGUGGGGCACCAAGUGUUCCAGUACACGUUUGAGACCGUCAUGGGCUGCCUGGUGCCUUUCUCCCUCAUCAACACCUGCUAUGCCACCGUCAUCUGCCGCCUGCGCAGCGCCAUGUUCAACCGCAGAGGACGAGGCAACCGCCUCAUCCUGAUGAUCGUUUGUGCCUUCGCAGCGUUCUGGCUUCCGUAUCACAUCGUCAACAUCAUAGAGGUGGUUGGCCUGUUGCAGGGCAGUAAAUCAGUGCUCGCUGCUGCUCACAGAGCUCGCCCAAACGUCACCGCCUUUGCCUACUUCAGCAGCGCCGUCAACCCCAUCCUCUACGUCUUCGCCGGCAGCUCCCACAUCCGCCAGGCCGGCCUGAGCUUCAUGGGCAAGCUGUUCGACGACACCAACUCAGAGAGCAGGACCGGGUCGACCUUCAGCCGCAGCCGCUCCCGGGACGAGACCACCGUCCUGCACGUGCUGUCGGUCAAACUGGGGAACACUUUCAAGAGCAAGAGCAAGGAGAGGAGCAGCAGCGUGGCGGCAAAAGAGACGCUCGCCAGUGUGGAGCAGCUGGAGUAGAGCUGCAGCCAUUUUCUUUUUGGACUAUGUUUUUUAAAUUUGUUAAUUACACCCAACCUGUGUUGAGUCAUCGAUUUUGUAUUUUUGAGCUUUUUUUACGUCCCUAAGUUAUAAAGUUAUGAAACAUUAGACUGAAAACUGUUUUGUGUCCCUGUAGGAAAUCUGAAUCCUACUAAUAAGCACUGAAUCAGUAUCAAUUAUUUCUGUCGUGAUCAUGGACAUUUUUUAUUAAUUAAGUUGGAUCCAUGUCCCAUUUGCUAACAUGGAGGAGGUGGGGUUCACGACCUUUACCGCAGCCAGCCACCGGGGGCGAUGAAGAGGAUUUGGCUUCACUUUAAGGGGCUGUCAUGUCGUCCAUUUUAUUUUUAUAACUUUACAGAAUAUGUGCUUCGUAUAGCAAUGAUUUUAUCGACAUUAUAAUUUGAAAUGUAAAUCUAAAAAUUAUUUGAAGUGGGUUUUAUCUCAAUUAUUUUGUAAUUUUGUGUAAUAUGUUUGUGCAGCCACUUGACGUUCAAAAGAAACGAUAAAGUUUGUCAAAUUAAUAAAAUGUUCACAUAGUUACUUGGA